CAUUCCUCUCUGAUGGAAAUGCCAUAAUAUUGCAGUUCAUCAUGCAUCUCAGACGCCGUAAUGUGAGACCCAUUUCUGCGGUGCUGGUGGCCAAUGAUAGAGGUGCAGGCUAGACUCAAAGCGUUAUCGAUGCUCGAUACCAAGGAGUUGAUAAGCUCGAAGAUGCGGAUCGUCCGCGUAUCUUAGAAGCGACAGAUGCAGAGUAUUUCUACAUUUCCAACGAAUCCCUCAUCAUUCGUAGCUGUUAAUGGCUUCCAGAAUUGGUCUCUCGCUUGCCAGUUUUUCCGUGAUAAUGCGAUUAUCAACCCACUUUGGAAGAUAUGCCCCACAGCAAAGAGCCAGACUCCUGAUCAUCGUCAACCCAAGAAGAAGUGGAAUGAUAUUUUCACGAGGUGCGAACCUGAGUCUGAUAAGGAAGAGGCGGAGAUUUCAGAGAAGGCUUCAUGUGCCAAUACUAAUUGAGAUGCUUAUCAGACGGCUUUGCCAUGUCAACUUGGCAUCAAAAAACCUCGACUGACACAUUUGCGCAAGUAGAGGCGACCACCAAUCAGGUUCGUGCUCGGCACCUCGAUGAGGCUGCGGUUGACAUCACUAUCGCACUCCAUCACAAGCUCCUCCCAUCCUGACGAACACUGGACAAAAGUCGAGUCUGGGCACACAACUGCUGAAGGUGCCAGGUCAUGUCGCCGAGACCUCCACGUCGGCCUCCUGGGUCUUAGGAGGCGUCGUUCGCGUGCGGAAGCUGGUGUAAUGACCUAGCUUUCGAAGUUAGCCCAUGUCGAGUCAUAGAGAGUUGUUCUAGGCUUCUAGCUCGUCGCCAUUGACGAGAUCAUGCGACAUCGGCUGAUUGAAGUCGAUCUGGGCGAUAAUCUGGAGCUUGAUGAAGUUGGCCUUGAUAUACAGCAGAUCUUCCCCAUCUCGACGAGCAGGGGACUUAUCUGGAAGCAUAUCUCUGAGAUCUACUUUCGAUAACCGAGAGACCCUGCUCUCUGACGCUGUUUGAUGACUACAAGAAGUUGAAUAGGGAUUUUGUUUUCAAAGCACUACACUUUCUAUCCUACUGGACUAACUCACCACCUCUAUCGCAGUCUUUCAUCUCAUGCUCACCAUGGAGCCCGACCACAUCGGACCCGACACAACGCCCAAACGUCCUUUCAUGGACAGGGCCAAGGAUGUCCCACGUCGAAUCGUUCGAAGCGUCACCACGAGGGACGGUCUCAUCGGUGACUACGACUAUGCAUUCCUGUUCACACCGAACCUGCCCUUCAUGAAGAAAUCGAAACAAACGGCACCAUUCUUUGGCUUGAACGACAAGAUGCCCAUCUUACUAGCACUGCUCCUCGGAUUUCAGCAUGCCUUGUCCAUGUUAGCUGGUUUGAUCACGCCGCCUAUCAUCCUGUCGGGAACUGGCGGCGCCAAUUUGCCGACCGAGACUGCUCAGUACCUCGUGUCAACAUCACUGAUUGUCUGUGGGAUUCUGUCCUCGGUUCAAAUCACACGGUUUCACAUCUAUAGAAGCUCUUACUUCAUCGGCACUGGCAUCAUCAGUGUGGUUGGCACCUCGUUUGCUACCAUCCCAGUUGCUUUGGGAGGUUUGGCCCAGAUGUAUGAGUCGGGCUAUUGUCCCAGCGACAGUGACGGGAAUCGUCUUGCCUGUCCAAGAGGUUACGGUGCCAUCCUAGGAACGGCUUGUAUCUGUGCCCUGCUUGAGAUUUGCCUGUCAUUUGCGCCUGCCAAGGUUUUGAAGAAGGCUUUCCCUCCACUUGUGACGGGACCUACUGUGGUUCUCAUUGGUAUCAAUUUGAUCGGAUCUGGUUUCGAGAACUGGGCUGGAGGUACGGGUUCCUGCAGAUCAAGACCAGAGGAAGGCCUGUUCCAGAAUUGCCCCAACAACAAUGCGCCGCAUGCCUUGCCUUGGGGUUCGGCUGAGUUCAUAGGACUGGGAUUCAGUGUCUUUGUCACCAUCAUACUGUGCGAGAGAUUCGGCAGUCCCAUCAUGAAAUCAUGCGCGGUCGUUGUUGGUCUGCUUGUUGGAUGCAUCAUCGCUGCAGCCACGAAUUAUUUUGACGAUUCUGGAAUCAAGAGCGCGAAAGCUGCUUCCUUCAUCUGGGUCGAGACCUUUCCACUGUCACUUUAUGGGCCGAUGGUGUUACCGUUCUUAGCAGUAUUCCUAGUGCUCAUGAUGGAAGCGAUUGGAGAUAUCACUGCCAGCUGUGAUGUAUCUCGCCUUGAAGUCGAAGGACCGAUUUUCGACUCUCGUAUCCAGGGUGGUGUUCUCGCCGACGGAUUGAAUGGAAUGUUCGCCUGUCUCUGCACCAUCACGCCAAUGUCGACUUUCGCCCAGAAUAAUGGAGUCAUAGCCCUCACUCGCUGUGCCAACAGGAAGGCCGGAUACUGUUGCUGCUUCUGGCUGAUUCUCAUGGGCAUCUUCUCCAAGUUUGCUGCUGCGCUCGUGGCCAUUCCGUCUUCAGUCCUCGGUGGCAUGACUACGUUCCUGUUCUCGGCUGUUGCGAUUUCUGGCGUUCGUAUCAUUUCGACCGUACGAUUUACAAGACGCAAUCGUUUUGUCCUGACAGCAGCCAUGUCAGUGGGUUUCGGUGCAACAUUGGUUCCUGAUUGGUUCAACUAUGUCUUCACCUAUGAAGGUGACAACUCUGCCCUCCGAGGUUUUAUGAACGCUAUCGAACUCGUGUGCGAAACCGGCUUUGCUGUUACCGCUUUCCUGUCUUUGUUCCUCAACCUAUUCAUUCCGGAAGAAGUUGAUGACGACGCUGUCAACACCACGGCAAAUCAAGUGGACGAAGUAGACGACGACAAAGAAUGGCAACGCAUCCAACGUCCGAGCCACGCCAAGUCCCAGCGUGAGGGUGAGGAUCACAAAUUAGCGAGUACAGAUGUCGAGUCGAAUGCGGGUGUUCAGCAGGGCGGAGCCGACAAGGUGCAAAUCAUCAAAGACGAGCAGGCUAGCUCCGGUACGAGCACAAUACGUUGAUGCCUACUUGAGUGGAGUACUCAGGAAGAUCUUCAGAGACGAAGCGUUGAUAAUAGGGACUUGAUAUGAGAAUCAACCUCACGACAAAGCCAAGAAAGGAGUUACGAAAGUCGAGCUUAGCGGUACUGGUGGAUAAUAGGGGUAGCGGUAGGAGAGCCGCCUUCCUCCAUAUCAGGAUCGCCUCCCCAGGUGUUUGGUUCUGGUGGGAACGAAGCUGCCAAGAGUGAUAGUCAACAAGGAUGAUGUUCGACAUAUUGAACAUAACGCUCUCUAUGUACGGAGCACAGUGCCAGCUGUCAACGACAUAGUUGGUGGGAAAGCAGGAUCAAUGACCUUGUUGAAUGUCUUAUGCCGCGCGUUUGAUGCCCCUUGUUGCGUCAGCCUUAUUCUUACGUACAGGAAGAUCGACAACAAAGCCACACCAGGGUUUCUCGAGCUGUCCUGGCUACAGUACUCCGUACCUACAGUAGAUUCUCGGCAUCUCGUCUGAACUAUGUACUACCAGG